AUGGACUUCCUCCAAUUGAAUUCUAUUUACAACAGUUCUGGUUCCCUUCUUGAUUUGAUAUUCGCUAAUAAAGAAAGUAUCUCUGUUGAUGUAGCUCCAGUCAGUCUUGUCCCUUGUGACAGAUAUCAUCCAGCUUUGUCAUUUAAUUAUCAAGUUCCUGUCCCUUUAUUUAUGCUAGAUGAUAGUCACUCGUUUCGUGAUUUUAACAAUGCUGACUUUGACUCUAUUGCUAAAGCCUUAGCCGACAAUGACUGGUCUACUACUUUUAACAUUCAGCCUGCUGACUUAUCUGCCACAAGGUUACAGGAUUCUAUUCUUGACGCCAUUCAACGAUUCGUUCCACUUAAACCAUUUCGUAGAUCAACCUUCCCAUCAUGGGUUUCCCCUGUUCUCAAAUCUCUUCUUUUUAAAAAAAAAUCAGCUCAUAAAAAAUUCAAAAAAACAGGCUCGUUUCAUGACUACAAUUCGUUCUCCAAUCUACGUUUUCAAUGUAAAGCACUAUCUAAAUCAUGUUUAAGGACCCAUAUCAAUGUUGCUCAGUCUCGACUUACCUCUAGCCCACGUGAUUUUUGGUCCUUCAUAAAAAAGAGUCGUGACUCUUCUUCGAUUCCUAAUCAAGUAUACUUGAAUGAUAUCUCUGCUAAUGGUCCUGAUGUUGCUGAACUUUUUUCUUCUUUCUUUGCCUCUACUUAUAAACAACCUUCAACUGCCCCUAACUUAGCUCUAAUGAAUAUUGAAAUCCAGCAGUUCUCCUUCUUACCUAACCAUUUAUCUAUUUCCAUUGAGGAAGUAUCUGAUGGUCUCAAGACGUUAUCAAAUGUCCGUGGAGUGGGCCCUGAUGAUAUUCCAGCUUCUUUACUUUUUAAAUGUCGUGAGGUGCUUUGCUCCCCGCUCUGUACUAUUUUCAACAAGUCUCUCACUGAGGGAUCUUUUCCAGCUGUUUGGAAAAUUAGUCGUGUUACACCGAUCCUAAAAUCUGGUGAUCCAACUCUAGUCAUGAAUUAUAGACCGAUAUCUAAUCUUCCCUUAAUUGGCAAACUUUUUGAACUGAUAGUUCUUAAAAAAAUUGAACGCCCUCUUCAUUCUACAUUGUCUACAGACCAACAUGGCUUUUUUCCUGGUCGUUCCACUAUAACCAGUUCACUAGAUUUUUCUUGUUUUAUCCGUGAUGCCUUUAGAGAUAAUUCCCAAGUUGACGCUAUUUUCACCGACUUUUCAAAAGCAUUUGAUUCAGUUGAUCAUAACUCUCUCAUCUACACCUUGGAUAAACUGGGAAUUGGUUUUCCUCUUUUAUCAUGGAUUCGUUCAUACCUAGUGGAUAGAUGGCAAUAUGUUAAGUUGUUCAAUAUUUCAUCAAGUAAAUUUAAAGUUUCUUCUGGCGUUCCGCAAGGUGGACACUUAUCUCCACUACUAUUUAAUAUUUUUGUUAAUUCAAUAUUUAGCAAUGUCCCGUCGGUCCGUUUACUUCUUUUUGCUGAUGAUGCUAAGCUGUUCUCCAGGAUAUCUUCCAGUACUGAUUGUGACGUCCUUCAAUCAUCAUUCAAUAAUUUUAUUAACUGGUGUCAGGCUAUUGGCCUUACCCUAAACUUUGAUAAGUGUAAAAUCAUAUCAUUCUCCAGAUCACGGAUUCCUGUGGAUUACGUAUAUACUUAUAAUGACUCACCCCUAACUCGAGUAUCUGAAGUAAAGGAUCUAGGUAUAAUAUAUACCUCCUCACUUUCCUUCAGACCUCAUAUUGAUUAUAUCACUUGUAAGGCCUUACGUCUUCUGGGAUUCAUACGCCGCCACACCAAACACUUCAACUCAGCACCUUGCAUCAUAACCCUUUAUUCUGCUCUCAUUCGUUCAAUUCUCGACUAUGGUUCAAUCAUUUGGAAUCCCCAUCUUAAAACGGAAAUAAAACUUAUUGAACGAGUCCAGACUCGAUUCCUAAACUAUGCAGGCUUCUUAUUAAAAAUUGAACACCCCCUACACUCAUACCAACCUGUCAUGGGCGCGCUUAAUCCCCUCUCCCUCGAGGAAAGGCGUCUAAUUGCGGAUCGUAACUUCCUUUUAAAAUUAAUCCAGGGUAAAAUUGAUGCUCCGCGUCUCCUUGAGCGUAUUAGCUUUAGAGUUCCGACCUCCAAUACCAGAUCAACCAAUUCCUUUCACAUCCCCACUUCCCGUUCAAACUUAUUAUCUAAUGAUCCUUUUGUUAGAGCUAUGCGCAAUUUAAAUAAUAAUAAUUUUGAUAUAUGGCCUUAA